AAGAAAAAAAUUUGUAUAUAAACCACUCUGAAUAUCCUCAUGAGAGAGGGUUUGCAUCAAUGGCAUCCAACACAGCCAAAGUAAGCCUGAAACUCCCGGUAGAUGCCAAAGGCCAGAGCCCAGAGGUAGUCAGGCUUCUCUCCAAACAGGGUAUGAUUGGCUCCAUUGGAAACCUCUAUGAAAGCAUUGAGAAUUUGAAUGAUACUUGUAUGCAGGCGCCAGAGGCUAAGGAUGCCCUUCUGAAGCCGCACGUUUUUGCACCAGCAGUUCCUCUCCUGUUGCCAGGCACUCAGACAUCAAUUCCUACAAGUUACUACAUGUGUUCAUCAUACUGUUGGAAUAAUGUGGCAAAAGAACCAACUGCUAAUUCUUCUCAAUGCGGUCACUUAAUGAACGCAAAGGUGACCUCUAUUGGUUCACCAGACGCAGAUAACCAAUCAUCAUUUGCAAUGACCUUGUAUAAGUAUACUUCCUGUAAGCCGCCAAAUAAGCAAUCCCUCUCCUGGGAGGAGGUGGGUUUCAUGAAAGGGGUGGUCACUUACAGUGUAAUGGACAAUCUUGAGGUGAAGCCUAUGUCUACCAUUUCAUGUAUUUCCAUGCUAAACAAAUUCAAUAUCAAGGAAGUUAGUUCCCUUGAAGAGAGAGUUGUCGAUGUGGGAAUGGAUCAGGGCUUGAAGUUGCUCAAGGCAUCCCUGCAAUCUAAGACUGCCCUUAGUGCUGAGUUUUUAGGGAAGUAGGGUUUCAAUCAAGUGAUUAUGAUGCUAUUGCACUAGAAAAAAUUGGAAAGAGGAAGGGAGGAUUUUUACUUGACUUAUUAUCAUCGGAGGUGUCCAACUUUGUUUCAUUUCGUCUUUGUUUAAUUCUGUUAUAAAUAAAUUUUAAAUAUAUUC